AUGUCAUUAGAAAAUUUAUUUGAAGAUUUAUUGAAUAAAUAUAGUGAAACUCAUUAUAUGAUUCAAAUUCAUUUAGCUUAUCAAAUUUAUGUUGAUUUAGUUUUUUUAAAGAAAUGGAAUAAAGUGGAAUUUAAACAUAAUGACCAAUUAAUUUAUUUACAUGCAAUUGAAAAUUUAAAUAAUCCAAAUAACUAUAAUAUUGUUAUACCUUGUAAAUCAACAAGUAUUUGGAGUGUUGAAAGUAUUAAAAAAAUGUUUAAUAAUUUAAAUAAUUUACCAAUUGAUUGCAAAUCAUUUACAUUGGGUAUACAAGAUGAAGAUUCAUCAAUAUCUUAUUAUGAAUUAUCUUUCAAUACUGGUUUAUCUGAUCCCAUCAAUUCAUUAAUAUAA